AUGCAUCAACCGCCUGGCUUUAAAGACUCCACUAAACCAAAUCACGUGUGUAGGCUACGAAAGUCUCUUUAUGGCCUCAAACAGGCUCCAAGGGCAUGGUAUCAUCGUUUUGCUCAGUUUAUAACAUCGUGUGGUUUCACCAGUACUCUUAGUGAUACCUCUUUAUUCGUCUACAAACGUGGUACUGAAAUGGCAUAUCUUCUGUUAUAUGUGGACGAUAUCAUACUUACAGCUUCUAAUGACAACUUGCUUCGUCACAUCAUUACUUCACUUUCCAAAGAAUUUGCUAUGAUGGACCUAGGCUCUUUACAUCAGUUUUUGGGAAUCAAUGUUACUCGUAAACAAGAUGGCUUAUUCCUUUCACAGGAACACUACACACAUGACAUCAUUGCUCGAGCUAAUAUGACUAAUUGUAAGCCUUGUGCAACCCCUGUGGAUACGUCUUCCAAGUUAAGUGCUUCAUCAGGUCCUUCUAUUUCAGAUAGUUCUUUAUACCGCAGUCUAGCUGGUGCACUGCAAUAUCUCACUUUUACACGCCCUGACAUAACCUACGCGGUCCAACAGGUUUGCCUUUUCAUGCACAAUCCUUGUGAACAUCAUUUUCAGUUUUUGAAGCGUAUAUUACGUUAUUUAAAAGGCACGAGUGAUCAAGGUUUGCUUAUUCGUCCCUCCAAGUCUUGUGCACUUACUGCCUAUUCAGAUGCAGACUGGGGGGGUUGCCCGGACUCCAGGAGAUCCACAUCGGGCUAUUGUGUUUUUCUUGGAGAUAACAUUGUCUCAUGGUCCUCUAAGCGGCAAGCUACUAUUUCUCGAUCUAGUGCUGAAGCAGAAUACCGCGGUGUAGCUAAUGCCGUUGCUGAAACGAGUUGGUUGAGAAACUUAUUGACUGAAUUACAUGUCCCAACUCGUAAAGCCACUAUUGUUUACUGUGACAACAUCUCAGCAGUGUACUUAUCCGAGAACCCAGUACUGCACCAACGUACAAAACAUGUGGAAUUGGAUAUUGUUUUCGUACGCGAAAAGGUCAGAAUUGGCGCAGUUCGGGUCCUACACAUUCCUGCUGAUUACCAGUAUGCUCAUAUUUUUACAAAAGGGUUGCCACGUCAACUGUUUUAUCGUUUCAAGUCCAGCCUGUGCAUCCAGUCUUCUUCCGCUCAGACUGAGGGGGUGUAUUAA